AUGGCGUCCGGCUGCAAGAUUGGCCCGUCCAUCCUCAACAGCGACCUGGCCAAUUUGGGAGCUGAGUGCCUCCGGAUGCUGGACUCUGGGGCCGAUUAUCUGCACCUGGAUGUAAUGGACGGCCUUAUGAGGUUGGUGCUUCUACUAGCACCGGCAGUGAUAGUGAAGAAUCGAACACAAAGUGGACCUGAAAUCAGAAUUACUCCUCGGUCCACGGGCUGCAGAAUGAAUGUUGUGUUUGCAGGCAUGAAAACAGCAUUAGUCUUGUUGCGCCUCUCCGUCAGAGCUCCUGAGGGACCAGUAUAUAAUAAUACUCUAAAUCAAUGGAGAAACGGAUAUUCUUCUGCUUGCAAGCCUCAAAUAAGGUCAGACUCUUCUGCAGAGCUGUUACAGGGAAGAAAGAAAAGACACUUGAGUGAGACAGCAUUAGGAGAAAGAACUAGAUUUGAGGAAUUUGCUUUUCAACGCACAGAACCAGGAUCCCACAGCAGUUUUACUGCUAUUACUGUCAACGUGUUAUCAGGAACCCAGAGUUCAUCAUCACAAAAUACUGCACGACGGAGACUGCGAAGUGAGAGCUCUUAUGACAUAGAUAAUAUUGUGAUUCCCAUGUCAUUAGUAGCCCCAACUAAGUUAGAGAAACUCCAAUAUAAGGAAAUACUGACUCCAAGCUGGAGGAUGGUGGUUCUUCAGCCUCUGCAUGAAUGUAAUGUAGGUGAAGAAGAGAUUUUUGGAAUUGCAGGAAAAGGACUGUGGACCUGUAUAGAAGAUCUUUCUGAUGAAAUCUUCUCCCUAAGACACAAAAAAUAUGAAGAGAGAGAGCAAGCCGGAUGGUCACUAUGGGAGCAAAGCAAGUGGCACCGAAGAAACAGCAGAGCAUACAGUAAAAAUGGUGAAGGACAGGAUUUGCUUUUGAAAGAAUACCUUAGUGACUCCGGUGGUGGUCAGCACUGUGCUGCUCAAAGCUCUAAGGAGCUUCCUUCAGCCAGUCAGGAUCUGAGUGCACAUGGCUCACCUUCAUUGAAUCAAAGUCAAGAAAUCAAGUCUUUGUGGUGGGAACGACGGGCUUUUCCAUUGAAGGAUGAAGACACAGAAGCCUUACUAUGUCAAGAAAAAAAUGAUCAUAUUGAAAGUUCAAGGCCAGCUUUCCAUGGUGAAGUCUUCUGUACCAAUGCACCGGGGAAUGGCCACUAUCCAAAAAAGCAGGCAGAAGGAAUGGAAGAGUACAGAACCUUUGGUCUAGGACUUACCCAUGUUUAAAAAAACAGGUGACAGGGAACAGGUUAAGAAAACUAUAUAACUGAAUAGAAAACAGGAGAAAUAGGUAAAGCCCUGUUCUCCAUCUCCACCUCCUCCACUCACAAUUCCAGAGUAAUAAGCAAGAGCAUAUACUAGAAUUAAUAUUUAGUGCUGUUUUUGAACCAGACAAGGUAUGUCUUCUUUUCCUUUUUGAACCAUAGGAGUUACUAGCUUUUCACCUAUAGACAACUGCUAGUUAUUUGUAUUUAUGAUGCAAAUCACAAGCACCCAAAAAUUAACUUUUACAAUUUGAUGUCAAAUCACAUUACUGGUAAUUUUUAGAAGACUUUUAUCCCCCUUUUUCCUACCAAACACACAAACACACAUAUACACACACACUACCUGUGCACCAAAGGUCAGUUCUUUUUCCUAUGUAUUUCUAUGGCAAUUCAUUUAAAUUGCCUGAGAAAUAUAUUAAAAUAAACAAAUGUGUGUAUAGAGUAUACAUACAUAUGUACACAGAUAUUUUAAAAACCAUUGGCAGUGACCACUCCACUUGAAAAUGCAGGUAGGAGCCACCCCAUGGACUCUAAGCUGCACUAUAAAUAAAGAAGCACAGGUUUCCAAGGAUAAUGUACAUCUAAGUCUUGCAAAUGGAGAGGAAAUUUUUUCUUCAACAUGUUUAACCAAUAGAAAUUAUAUAUGGAAAUAUCCUUACCAGAUAACACAAUACUCCUUUAUCUUAAAUCACUGAUACCUGUUGGACUAAACACAGGUUAUUUUCUAUUCACUUCUAACAGAACAAAACAAGCAAAGUAGAGUUAAAUACUGGUCAAUUUUAAAACUAUCACAUCUUUUAAAGCUUACCUAUUUUAUGUAUCUCAUGAAGACAACAACUUAAAAUGAGCAACAAACAGGAAUAGUCCUGUCAGUAUAAAUCUAAUUCAUUUGAUCAUUCCUUACCGUAGCUUACACUAUACAAAGAAGUAUCUAUUCUUACUUUUUCUAGAAUGAGAAUUAAAGUUUUUCAAAAGCUCAUACUUUAAUAUUGGAUACUGGAGUGUGCAUUAAGGAAAAUUCCUUUUGAGGCGAUUACCUCAUUUUUUCUAUGUAAAAGUUGAGGUCAAAUGAUAUGAAAUCACUUUUUCUCAUGUAGAAAAGGUUAUUCAAGAUGUAGUACCCUUAGAACUGACAAUCCUGGCCAUCUGGCCUAGUCUAGGGGCUUGGACACUAAGUUUCUGUCAGGGAUUGGAAAUUAGUCCCUUUAAUAUUCAAUUUCAAUACUGACAAAUGUUUUAUUGUAGUUUUACUGUACAUUUUUUUAAAAAAGGCCAGAUAAACCCAAAUUGUCCAGGCAAGCCAACUCAAAUCUUUCUGUCAUGUCUGAUAUAUAAUCUUCUAUGUAAGUUUUUUAAUUAAAGUUAUUUCUGUAUA